CAGGUAUCUGCGAUUACACAAUUGAAAGUUUCCGACAAAUUUUGAUUAUUUUCAAAACGUUUGGGGAAAAUUGUGGGCUAUAAACUUGUGUUUUCUAAAUAACAAAGUAUCAAAAACGCAUAUAUGUGUAUGUAUUUACAUACAUAAAGGCAUUGAGUGUAAGAAAAUGUUGAACGCUGGAAAGGCAAUGCAGCAUCGAGUUCAUGUUUUCCUUUUACAAACAUAUCCAUUUUUGUUACAGUAGUUGCACGGCUGCGUUAAAUUAGUGUAAAAUUAUAACACCACAAUAUGCAUAAGUUUGUGCCUACAAAUACAUUUAUAUACAUACAUAUGUACGUCUAUAUGUAGAAACAUUUAUAUACAUAAGUAUGUGUGCAUAUGUAGAAAUUGAAUUGGAUUAAUGUAACGUGAGAACUCCGCCAACCAUCCACAAUUCUGUGACAGCGGCAUGCAUCUGCACAUAUCCAAGUUUAAGGACAAUUACAUGUGCACAUGUUCCGAGAUGCAUACAUACAAACAUUUUUACAUACAUACAUACAUACCAUAAAGCAUGGAUGUGCCCAUAAAGCACUGAUCACUGCUGUUGGAAUUUAAUCUAGCUGGCAUAUUCUUUCAGCUCGCUUACAUUUAUCUUCACUGAGUGUAAGUUCAUAUAUUUUUGUGCAUAUGUGUGUGCAUCUGUACGCAAAAACACAUGUAUAAGUGUAUGUAAAUAAUUUUCUCACAAAGAUAUCGUAAACAAACAAUAUAAUUAUUUUAUAUCUGGUAUUAAUUUCAGUUUUUAAUUUUUUGUUGUUUUUUUUUAUACUUAAUUUAUUUAUGUACAUAUGUAAUUAAAACAGCAAACGCUUUAUAGUCUGUUUUGGGUGCGCAGUUUGUCUGCGACACGCUCUCGCUUAAGAUGUGUGGCGCGAAGAUCGGCUUCAAGUGAGUAGCCGUUCCGUUCGCGAUAUUACUAUAUAUGCAAAUAUUCUCAAGACAGACAAUGUUCGAGUUAUUAAUUAAAAAUAUAUUGUUGUAUUAAUGAAAUAAGAGUGCGAUGUGCCACCGGCAAUCAUUCAUGCGGUGUUUUCGUCAAAAAUAUCUCGAGUAUUUGAAAUCAUUCGCAAAUAAUUAGUGACUAGUGAACCCAGUAUCAAAUUGAGUGUCCAUCGUGGUCUAGCUGUCACUAUGUGCUGGUGUUUACGUGUCUAUUGGACUGUUUUGCAUAAUUUGUUCACACGAUUUGUGACAGCAUUUGCCGAUUCCGUCUAUAAUAGUGAUCUGUGCGCGCGUUUAAUGUGUUGUUCCCAUUCUACAUGUUGUUUUUGUUGUGGUCAUUGUUUGUUUUAUAAACAUACUCAGCAUGAAGCGCGCAAAUCAAACGAUAAUGACGGAGAGGAGCGUGAAUUAACGCUGGCGGAUAUUGAAGAGGGGCAAGCCAAAGCCACCUCUCCAUUUCAACACCACGAUUACGUCAUAGUUGAUGAUAUCGACGCUAAUUAUCUGGAAAUUGAACGGCGUAAAAUUGAAACAGAACACUAUUAUCGUCUAGUAGAUCGCGCAUCUGCUGAGCAGAUUCUCAAUUUUCGAGAAGACGGUGCCUGCUUAGUGCGGCCGUUCAAACAAGCGGAUCUGUCAAUAAAAUAUAUCGUAACGGUAUAUGCACAGCAGCAAUAUUUCCACCUCUUCAUCAGACAAUUAAAUGGCAAAGAUUCUUACAGCAUCGGACAGCAAAAGCCAAAUGAGAGAAUAUUCAAGUCACCAAGUGAUAUUAUCGAUUUUUAUAGCCUUAAUGCAUUACAAUGUACAAAUAAAAAUAUUAGCGUAUGUUUAGUAUUAAAACCAAUAGUUACUUAGAUAUUAAGUAUGCAUGUAGAUAUAUGAUUUAAUUGUACUUUAGUUAAUUUAAAUUAUUUUUAAGUAUUUAAUAUUUAUUGCUUAAAUUAUAAAUUAAUAGAAAGGGAGUUAAGUAUCCUAUAUAUAUAUAUGGAUAUGUACAUAUGUACAUAUUGAAAGAUAAUUAGAAAACUUUUAUAAAUAUUCGAAUUUUAGCUGAGAACUGUUGCACCAGAAAAAAAUGGCUAAGUAAAUUAUGCGUCAACCCAGCUGCGGGGCACUAUUUUAGGCAAGCUGCAGUUAAUACACUUUAAUUGCACGUUUUUGGAAGUCGCAAGCUUUUACUAAGUGGCUACUAUCGCUUUAAAGACACAGUGAUUGUUCUGCAUCAGCGCUGGCCAGAGAAAUGCUUUGAUCAAGUCAGAGCGCCGAUCAGAUUGCGAAUGCCGCUCGUGUUUUUCCGGGCGCAAGAAACCUGUUUCAAAUACAAAAAUUAUAUGGAAUAAAUUUUUUUAUAAAAAAAUAA